CGACAUAUUGCAGCCUUUAAAUCCUUACCUAUUUUACAAAUAAUUGUCUGGUGCUUUCAUCGUUCCGAAUGAACCGGUUUUGUGAAUACACCCCUCGAUUUUAAGGAAUUUUGAUUUGUUUACCUGAUAUACAUUUUUUACGAUCACGACUUUAUACUUCCGCCUUCCAAAAAAGAAAUAUGUCUGUUAUUAGUUAAAAACUUUUAUCAGUAGAUGAGGAUUUUUUUGGUAGCUGCAGAAUAUACCAGACUUGAACGAAUUUGUGACGUUGUUUAGAAAUGGACGAAGAACACACGGCGUCGCAUAUAGUGCCGUUUGAACACCCGUUCGUGGAACACUACCCUGAUGGACUGGAAAAUUACUUCCAUCACCCCGACGAGGAGUUUAAUGAAGACGUGCAUCAUAACAACCACACGGGCAGACCCCACGAGGACAUCCUGCACCACCACCACCACCACACCUUGCCGUGGUGGGCAGACGGCACCAACUGGACGAUUUCCUCAGACGAAGAAUCUGAGCCGCCGACCGACUAUGAUAAAUUAGAGAGUACUGAUAGACCACAAAGCCAUGUCACGUGUUUCAGCGUUAUCGGGUUAUUAGUGUUAGCUCUUCUUGGAGGGGGCGUGGCACUGCUUAUAUUCCUUCUACCUCCGUAUCCAGACGACCGACCAAAAGGAUGCGUCCAUUUUCCUCCAAGGUUUGGCCUUAACUGUGAAUUUAGAUGUCAUUGUUUUAAUUUAUCCGAGGUUUGUGAUAAACUAACAGGGCACUGUGAGAGUGGAUGUAUGAGCGGGUGGCGAGGAGAAGACUGCCAAAUCAUUUACUCAAUCUUUAAUAAGCCAACAAUCAAUGCGAAGUCGCAAUCAAAGCAUACAGUUACAUGCAGUAUUUUCAAGCUUUGGUACAACAUAAGCACUGUUAACCUCACCGUGUACAAUGGGACGGAUACACACCUUAAGAUAGAAGUACCCUAUCUGGAGACGGUCUCUACGUCUGAUCCGAGACUAAAUGCUAGGAUAAGUAAAACCUCACGAAUUGAGGAAGCAGACAACAUUACAUUCAGUUUUGAAUUUCGAGAAGAUGACUGUGACCUUGAAGGAUUAUAUGAAUGCCAGUUUGAUAUGGUGGAACAAUUUAAUACUUCUUUUGCUAACCUGUCUGUGCUUGUACAAGACUCUUCACAUGGUCUUCAAAUCGAGACAAAAACUGAGUAUGUGGAAGGUUCAAUGGACAACAUCACCUGCUCGUUACAGUUAGCGAAUCCAACAUCAACAGUCGAACUGAUUUUUAUUGACAGCAAAAACAAGACUCGUAAUUCAACAACUUUUGUAGUAAAUAAAGAAGUGAUAUCUUCGGAUGCAAAAUGCACCAACUUGACAUAUUUUGUGUACCAAUUUAAAGCUAUUAAAGAACUAAACGGAUCGAUUGCGAAAUGCUCCCUAGUAGAUGAUUUAAGUGGAGAAACAAUGGGAUCAGAUGGUUCUCCAAUCAAUGUUAUAACUGGCAUUAUCAAUGUUCAGACUGUUUUGGAACCAAAACAUCAAGUGGCUUUUUUGGGAUCAACAGCAGAGAUGUUUUGCCACGCCAAUUCAAGCAAUUUGAAAUGGAAUGUUAUCCAUCUUAACUUCAUGAAUUCCUCAUCUUCCCAAAGACUGAUUUCGAUAUAUCAUAACAAAACAGUUCAAAUGAAUACAUAUAUAAUUAAUGCUACAAUAAUUAACAACGACGAUAAUUUAAACAUUUCCUAUAUUUUAUACAUUGAUAAAGAUGAAAUGGUUUGUUUACUGGAUGGAGAAUAUUAUUGUGAUGUAGAGUUCAUAGAUUAUUCAGUACAAACAAAUAACCAAAGAGGAACGUUAGAAGUUGCAACACAACCAUCCGUGACGGAGUUCUUGGUUAAAGAUAUCUUCUACAGCAAAUCAAAUCACAGUUUCAGUUGCAGGGCAACAUUUGACGACAAUGCAAAUGGAACUAUAGAAAUUCAAAUAUGCAAUGAAAUAUCCUACAAGCCUAUCACUGACGACUCUGCAUUUGCGCUAAAGGAAACCAUCGACGAGGAUUUUCCUGGAAUAUGCACUAGUCCAAAAUCUGUUGUUUAUAACUUUAACUUCACACAAGCUUCUAAUGGAACUCGUCUUAGAUGUCUGGCUACUGAUCACAAUAGGAAUAUGAGUGCAACAACUGAGUGCUUACCUUUAGUACUGCAACCUCCAGUGCUUGUGAAAAUGUUACCGACAGUCAUGUACGCUAGAAUCGGCACCACUGCAACGUUGAUGUGUUCUAUACAAUACAGGGGAUAUGCAUGGUCUGCAAUUAAUAUUGUACAGCAAAAUACUACUGACUCUGUUUUACUUCUGAAUGUAUCAAGUAAUGAAAAAGUGGAAACAAAAAACUCUAGAAUUAGCGCAUCAGUGAAUAGAGAUGACAAAAACAUCAACGUGACUGUUUCCUUUGAUGUAAGUCCUGGAUCAGAUGUUUGUGAACUAAACCAAACCUAUACCUGUGACAUUCAACUAAUUGACGCGUCCAUUGGUACAAUUGCUGCAGCUACUCUAUUUGUUAUAGAAAUUCCAGUGGCAGACGUGCAUUUACACAUAGAGCCGGAGUAUCAAUACGGAAGCUAUGAUUGGAUCAAUUGCACAGUAAAUGCAAUAGAAAAAUCAGCAGCAUCUAUGUACUUAGAAGUGUGUCUGAACGAAACUACCCAUAUUUCCAUUUCAAAUUUUACAAAAUCGGAGACGAUUGAUGAUGUUUCCGUGACGAGAAACGAAAACUGUUCUUUGGGCAGAAAACAAGGGCACCGAUUCCUGUUCAACAAAUAUAUGAACAUUUCUUUGCGAUGUAGAGUUGAAGAUCAUUAUUUCAAGACUUCGUUGGAGACAGCAUGUUACCUGCCUUAUAUCAUACCUGCUUUAGUGCAGAUCAAGCUGGAGCCCAAAGAUCAAAUUGCUUUUUUGGGAGCACUAGCAGAGAUGUUUUGCAAUGCCAAUGUUAGUACCUUUGAAUGGAAAGUUAUUCAUCUCGACUACCGAAAUUCUUUGUUUUCACAGAGAUUCAUCUCUGUGUAUAAUAAUGGUACAAUACAUACAUUUGCAAGUAUGAUCGAAAGUGUAAUAAUUCAGAAAGAUAAUAUCGUGAACAUAUCGUACGUCAUUAACAUCAAUGACGCAAACGUGUGUACCUUGGACGGUGAAUAUUCAUGCAACAUAGAAUUCCUGGAUGAUGCCAUACAAACAAGUGUUCACAGCGGAAACCUUACGGUGAAGGCUGGACCAAACAUUACAACGUUCUUGGUACAGGACCACUACAACAGUGAUUCGAAUCACAGCCUUAAUUGCACCGCCACAUAUGGAAGCGGUUCUUCGAUUAGUUUAGAGAUGCAGCUUUGUAAAAACAAUACACAUCACCCUCUGUACAGUGAUCCUGCCUUUGAACGGUGUCAAUCUUUUGAUAUAGAGACCACAGGAAAAUGCAUUCGGCGGAAAUUUGUAGAGUAUACAUUCAACUUUACUCAGGCUUCUCAUGGGACUCUUUUAAGGUGCAUAGCUGUUGAUAGUCUUCUCGGCAUAAACACAACAACAGAAUGUCUUCCACUGGUAUUGCAUCCCCCAGCAAUUGUAAAAAUGUCACCAACGGUCCUGCACACAAGAUUGGACAGCACAACAGAUUUGAUGUGUUCCAUAUAUUACAGAGGAUACGCAUGGUCCUCCAUCAAUAUCGCACAGCAAAAUAAGUCCGGCUCUUUCUUGCUUUUGAAUGUAUCCAGCAAUGGAAAUGUAAAAUCAAAAACCACUAGAAUUAACGGAUCGGUGACGAAAGACGACGACUACAUCAACGUGACUGUUUCCUUUGAUGUGAGUCCCGGCUCGGGGGUUUGUGAACUAAACCAAACCUAUUCCUGUGACAUUCAACUGAUUGACUCGUCUAUCGGUACCAUUGCCGCAAAUAGUACCCUGAUCUUAGAGAUUCCAGUGACAGACGUGCAGAUACACCUACAACCUGAGUAUCAAUAUGGUUUGUCGGACUGGAUUAAUUGUACAGCAAACACAAUAGACAAGUAUACACCUAUGUUCUUGGAAGUGUGUGUCAACGAAAGCAAAUUUAUCCCUCUCGAAAACGCCACCAAUUCCACGUAUUUUGAUAUUGUUUCUCUGCCGAAAAACGAAAACUGUUCUGUGCAGAAAAUGUUGAGCCACACCGUGGUUGUAGACAGCAAAAUGAACGUAUCAUUGCGAUGCAGAGUUUACGAUGACUAUUUCAAGACCUCGUUCAUUUCUGAUUGCGUCAGUCCAAGCAUCUCCCCAGCUUCAGUUCAAGUAAUCCUAGAGCCAAAAUCUCAAGAAAGAUUCUUUGGAUCAACUGCAGAGAUGUUUUGUCAUGCCAAUGCAAGUAUCUUUCAAUGGAAGGUUAUCCAUCUGGACUUUCAGAAUUCGUCGUCGUUGCCACAGAGACUGAUCUCAGUAUAUUAUGAUGAAACAAAACAGGGACUUGAAAACAUGAUAAAUGCUACGCUACUUAGAAAAGAUAUAAUUGUGAACAUUUCGUAUGUGUUCAAUAUUAGUGAGAUAGCAACGGUUUGUUUCUUAGAAGGGAAAUAUUUCUGCGUCCUAGAGCUUCUGGAUGACUCUGUACAAACAACGAGUGAUAGUGGAACCCUUACGAUCCAUGUUCGGCCAAUGGUGACAGAGUUCUUUCUUCAAGAUCCCUAUUACAGCGAAUCAAAUCACAGCUUCAGUUGCAAAGCAACAUUUGACGACAAUACAAACGUCAGUUUAGAAAUACAACAGUGUAAUGAAAACUCCUACAAAACCCUUACUGAUGAUUCUGAUUUUGCUCUGAUUGAAACCUUGGAUAACGAGAUUGCUGGAAAUUGCACACAUCAGAUAUCCAUUGUGUAUAGCUUCAACUUUACAACCGCUUCCAAUGGUACUCUUCUUAGAUGUCUGGCUGUCGAUAACACCUUGAAACUGAAUGCAACAGUAGAGUGUUUGCGUCUAGUAUUGCAACGUCCAGUGAUUGUGGAAAUGACACCUACGGUCCUGUACGCAAGAUUAGGCAACACAACAGAAUUGAAGUGUUCCGUACAUUACAGAGGGUACGCAUGGUCCUCCAUCAAUAUCGCACAACAGAAUAAGUCCGGCUCUUUCUUGCUUUUGAAUGUAUCCAGCAAUGGAAAUGUAGAAUCAGAAACCACCAGAAUUAACGGAUCAGUGACGAAAGACGACGACUACAUCAACGUGACCGUUUCCUUUGAUGUGAGUCCCGGUUUGGGGGUUUGUGAACUAAACCAAACCUAUUCCUGUGACAUUCAAUUGAUUGACUCGUCUAUCGGUACCAUUGCCGCAAAUAGUACCCUGAUCUUAGAGAUUCCAGUGACAGACGUGCAGAUACACCUACAACCUGAGUAUCAAUAUGGUUUGUCGGACUGGAUUAAUUGUACAGCAAACACAAUAGACAAGUAUACACCUAUGUUCUUGGAAGUGUGUGUCAACGAAAGCACAUUUAUCCCUCUCGAAAACGCCACCAAUUCCACGUAUUUUGAUAUUGUUUCUCUGCCGAAAAACGAAAACUGUUCUGUGCAGAAAAUGUUGAGCCACACCGUGGUUGUAGACAGCAAAAUGAACGUAUCAUUGCGAUGCAGAGUUUACGAUGACUAUUUCAAGACCUCGUUCAUUUCUGAUUGCGUCAGUCCAAGCAUCUCCCCAGCUUCAGUUCAAGUAAUCCUAGAGCCAAAAUCUCAAGAAAGAUUCUUUGGAUCAACUGCAGAGAUGUUUUGUCAUGCCAAUGCAAGUAUCUUUCAAUGGAAGGUUAUCCAUCUGGACUUUCAGAAUUCGUCGUCGUUGCCACAGAGACUGAUCUCAGUAUAUUAUGAUGAAACAAAACAGGGACUUGAAAACAUGAUAAAUGCUACGCUACUUAGAAAAGAUGUAAUUGUGAACAUUUCGUAUGUGUUCAAUAUUAGUGAGAUAGCAACGGUUUGUUUCUUAGAAGGGAAAUAUUUCUGCGUCCUAGAGCUUCUGGAUGACUCUGUACAAACAACGAGUGAUAGUGGAACCCUUACGAUCCAUGUUCGGCCAAUGGUGACAGAGUUCUUUCUUCAAGAUCCCUAUUACAGCGAAUCAAAUCACAGCUUCAGUUGCAAAGCAACAUUUGACGACAAUACAAACGUCAGUUUAGAAAUACAACAGUGUAAUGAAAACUCCUACAAAACCCUUACUGAUGAUUCUGAUUUUGCUCUGAUUGAAACCUUGGAUAACGAGAUUGCUGGAAAUUGCACACAUCAGAUAUCCAUUGUGUAUAGCUUCAACUUUACAACCGCUUCCAAUGGUACUCUUCUUAGAUGUCUGGCUGUCGAUAACACCUUGAAACUGAAUGCAACAGUAGAGUGUUUGCGUCUAGUAUUGCAACGUCCAGUGAUUGUGGAAAUGACACCUACGGUCCUGUACGCAAGAUUAGGCAACACAACAGAAUUGAAGUGUUCCGUACAUUACAGAGGGUACGCAUGGUCCUCCAUCAAUAUCGCACAACAGAAUAAGUCCGGCUCUUUCUUGCUUUUGAAUGUAUCCAGCAAUGGAAAUGUAGAAUCAGAAACCACCAGAAUUAACGGAUCAGUGACGAAAGACGACGACUACAUCAACGUGACCGUUUCCUUUGAUGUGAGUCCCGGUUUGGGGGUUUGUGAACUAAACCAAACCUAUUCCUGUGACAUUCAAUUGAUUGACUCGUCUAUCGGUACCAUUGCCGCAAAUAGUACCCUGAUCUUAGAGAUUCCAGUGACAGACGUGCAGAUACACCUACAACCUGAGUAUCAAUAUGGUUUGUCGGACUGGAUUAAUUGUACAGCAAACACAAUAGACAAGUAUACACCUAUGUUCUUGGAAGUGUGUGUCAACGAAAGCACAUUUAUCCCUCUCGAAAACGCCACCAAUUCCACGUAUUUUGAUAUUGUUUCUCUGCCGAAAAACGAAAACUGUUCUGUGCAGAAAAUGUUGAGCCACACCGUGGUUGUAGACAGCAAAAUGAACGUAUCAUUGCGAUGCAGAGUUUACGAUGACUAUUUCAAGACCUCGUUCAUUUCUGAUUGCGUCAGUCCAAGCAUCUCCCCAGCUUCAGUUCAAGUAAUCCUAGAGCCAAAAUCUCAAGAAAGAUUCUUUGGAUCAACUGCAGAGAUGUUUUGUCAUGCCAAUGCAAGUAUCUUUCAAUGGAAGGUUAUCCAUCUGGACUUUCAGAAUUCGUCGUCGUUGCCACAGAGACUGAUCUCAGUAUAUUAUGAUGAAACAAAACAGGGACUUGAAAACAUGAUAAAUGCUACGCUACUUAGAAAAGAUGUAAUUGUGAACAUUUCGUAUGUGUUCAAUAUUAGUGAGAUAGCAACGGUUUGUUUCUUAGAAGGGAAAUAUUUCUGCGUCCUAGAGCUUCUGGAUGACUCUGUACAAACAACGAGUGAUAGUGGAACCCUUACGAUCCAUGUUCGGCCAAUGGUGACAGAGUUCUUUCUUCAAGAUCCCUAUUACAGCGAAUCAAAUCACAGCUUCAGUUGCAAAGCAACAUUUGACGACAAUACAAACGUCAGUUUAGAAAUACAACAGUGUAAUGAAAACUCCUACAAAACCCUUACUGAUGAUUCUGAUUUUGCUCUGAUUGAAACCUUGGAUAACGAGAUUGCUGGAAAUUGCACACAUCAGAUAUCCAUUGUGUAUAGCUUCAACUUUACAACCGCUUCCAAUGGUACUCUUCUUAGAUGUCUGGCUGUCGAUAACACCUUGAAACUGAAUGCAACAGUAGAGUGUUUGCGUCUAGUAUUGCAACGUCCAGUGAUUGUGGAAAUGACACCUACGGUCCUGUACGCAAGAUUAGGCAACACAACAGAAUUGAAGUGUUCCGUACAUUACAGAGGGUACGCAUGGUCCUCCAUCAAUAUCGCACAACAGAAUAAGUCCGGCUCUUUCUUGCUUUUGAAUGUAUCCAGCAAUGGAAAUGUAGAAUCAGAAACCACCAGAAUUAACGGAUCAGUGACGAAAGACGACGACUACAUCAACGUGACCGUUUCCUUUGAUGUGAGUCCCGGUUUGGGGGUUUGUGAACUAAACCAAACCUAUUCCUGUGACAUUCAAUUGAUUGACUCGUCUAUCGGUACCAUUGCCGCAAAUAGUACCCUGAUCUUAGAGAUUCCAGUGACAGACGUGCAGAUACACCUACAACCUGAGUAUCAAUAUGGUUUGUCGGACUGGAUUAAUUGUACAGCAAACACAAUAGACAAGUAUACACCUAUGUUCUUGGAAGUGUGUGUCAACGAAAGCACAUUUAUCCCUCUCGAAAACGCCACCAAUUCCACGUAUUUUGAUAUUGUUUCUCUGCCGAAAAACGAAAACUGUUCUGUGCAGAAAAUGUUGAGCCACACCGUGGUUGUAGACAGCAAAAUGAACGUAUCAUUGCGAUGCAGAGUUUACGAUGACUAUUUCAAGACCUCGUUCAUUUCUGAUUGCGUCAGUCCAAGCAUCUCCCCAGCUUCAGUUCAAGUAAUCCUAGAGCCAAAAUCUCAAGAAAGAUUCUUUGGAUCAACUGCAGAGAUGUUUUGUCAUGCCAAUGCAAGUAUCUUUCAAUGGAAGGUUAUCCAUCUGGACUUUCAGAAUUCGUCGUCGUUGCCACAGAGACUGAUCUCAGUAUAUUAUGAUGAAACAAAACAGGGACUUGAAAACAUGAUAAAUGCUACGCUACUUAGAAAAGAUGUAAUUGUGAACAUUUCAUAUGUGUUCAAUAUUAGUGAGAUAGCAACGGUUUGUUUCUUAGAAGGGAAAUAUUUCUGCGUCCUAGAGCUUCUGGAUGACUCUGUACAAACAACGAGUGAUAGUGGAACCCUUACGAUCCAUGUUCGGCCAAUGGUGACAGAGUUCUUUCUUCAAGAUCCCUAUUACAGCGAAUCAAAUCACAGCUUCAGUUGCAAAGCAACAUUUGACGACAAUACAAACGUCAGUUUAGAAAUACAACAGUGUAAUGAAAACUCCUACAAAACCCUUACUGAUGAUUCUGAUUUUGCUCUGAUUGAAACCUUGGAUAACGAGAUUGCUGGAAAUUGCACACAUCAGAUAUCCAUUGUGUAUAGCUUCAACUUUACAACCGCUUCCAAUGGUACUCUUCUUAGAUGUCUGGCUGUCGAUAACACCUUGAAACUGAAUGCAACAGUAGAGUGUUUGCGUCUAGUAUUGCAACGUCCAGUGAUUGUGGAAAUGACACCUACGGUCCUGUACGCAAGAUUAGGCAACACAACAGAAUUGAAGUGUUCCGUACAUUACAGAGGAUACGCAUGGUCCUCCAUCAAUAUCGCACAACAGAAUAAGUCCGGCUCUUUCUUGCUUUUGAAUGUAUCCAGCAAUGGAAAUGUAGAAUCAGAAACCACCAGAAUUAACGGAUCAGUGACGAAAGACGACGACUACAUCAACGUGACCGUUUCCUUUGAUGUGAGUCCCGGCUCGGGGGUUUGUGAACUAAACCAAACCUAUUCCUGUGACAUUCAAUUGAUUGACUCGUCUAUCGGUACCAUUGCCGCAAAUAGUACCCUGAUCUUAGAGAUUCCAGUGACAGACGUGCAGAUACACCUACAACCUGAGUAUCAAUAUGGUUUGUCGGACUGGAUUAAUUGUACAGCAAACACAAUAGACAAGUAUACACCUAUGUUCUUGGAAGUGUGUGUCAACAAAAGCACAUUUAUCCCUCUCGAAAACGCAACCAAUUCCACGUAUUUUGAUAUUGUUUCUCUGCCGAAAAACGAAAACUGUUCUGUGCAGAAAAUGUUGAGCCACACCGUGGUUGUAGACAGCAAAAUGAACGUAUCAUUGCGAUGCAGAGUUUACGAUGACUAUUUCAAGACCUCGUUCAUUUCUGAUUGCGUCAGUCCAAGCAUCUCCCCAGCUUCAGUUCAAGUAAUCCUAGAGCCAAAAUCUCAAGAAAGAUUCUUUGGAUCAACUGCAGAGAUGUUUUGUCAUGCCAAUGCAAGUAUCUUUCAAUGGAAGGUUAUCCAUCUGGACUUUCAGAAUUCGUCGUCGUUGCCACAGAGACUGAUCUCAGUAUAUUAUGAUGAAACAAAACAGGGACUUGAAAACAUGAUAAAUGCUACGCUACUUAGAAAAGAUGUAAUUGUGAACAUUUCAUAUGUGUUCAAUAUUAGUGAGAUAGCAACGGUUUGUUUCUUAGAAGGGAAAUAUUUCUGCGUCCUAGAGCUUCUGGAUGACUCUGUACAAACAACGAGUGAUAGUGGAACCCUUACGAUCCAUGUUCGGCCAAUGGUGACAGAGUUCUUUCUUCAAGAUCCCUAUUACAGCGAAUCAAAUCACAGCUUCAGUUGCAAAGCAACAUUUGACGACAAUACAAACGUCAGUUUAGAAAUACAACAGUGUAAUGAAAACUCCUACAAAACCCUUACUGAUGAUUCUGAUUUUGCUCUGAUUGAAACCUUGGAUAACGAGAUUGCUGGAAAUUGCACACAUCAGAUAUCCAUUGUGUAUAGCUUCAACUUUACAACCGCUUCCAAUGGUACUCUUCUUAGAUGUCUGGCUGUCGAUAACACCUUGAAACUGAAUGCAACAGUAGAGUGUUUGCGUCUAGUAUUGCAACGUCCAGUGAUUGUGGAAAUGACACCUACGGUCCUGUACGCAAGAUUAGGCAACACAACAGAAUUGAAGUGUUCCGUACAUUACAGAGGAUACGCAUGGUCCUCCAUCAAUAUCGCACAACAAAAUAAGUCCGGCUCUUUCUUGCUUUUGAAUGUAUCCAGCAAUGGAAAUGUAGAAUCAGAAACCACCAGAAUUAACGGAUCAGUGACGAAAGACGACGACUACAUCAACGUGACCGUUUCCUUUGAUGUGAGUCCCGGCUCGGGGGUUUGUGAACUAAACCAAACCUAUUCCUGUGACAUUCAAUUGAUUGACUCGUCUAUCGGUACCAUUGCCGCAAAUAGUACCCUGAUCUUAGAGAUUCCAGUGACAGACGUGCAGAUACACCUACAACCUGAGUAUCAAUAUGGUUUGUCGGACUGGAUUAAUUGUACAGCAAACACAAUAGACAAGUAUACACCUAUGUUCUUGGAAGUGUGUGUCAACGAAAGCACAUUUAUCCCUCUCGAAAACGCCACCAAUUCCACGUAUUUUGAUAUUGUUUCUAUGCCGAAAAACGAAAACUGUUCUGUGCAGAAAAUGUUGAGCCACACCGUGGUUGUAGACAGCAAAAUGAACGUAUCAUUGCGAUGCAGAGUUUACGAUGACUAUUUCAAGACCUCGUUCAUUUCUGAUUGCGUCAGUCCAAGCAUCUCCCCAGCUUCAGUUCAAGUAAUCCUAGAGCCAAAAUCUCAAGAAAGAUUCUUUGGAUCAACUGCAGAGAUGUUUUGUCAUGCCAAUGCAAGUAUCUUUCAAUGGAAGGUUAUCCAUCUGGACUUUCAGAAUUCGUCGUUGUUGCCACAGAGACUGAUCUCAGUAUAUUAUGAUGAAACAAAACAGGGACUUGAAAACAUGAUAAAUGCUACGCUACUUAGAAAAGAUGUAAUUGUGAACAUUUCGUAUGUGUUCAAUAUUAGUGAGAUAGCAACGGUUUGUUUCUUAGAAGGGAAAUAUUUCUGCGUCCUAGAGCUUCUGGAUGACUCUGUACAAACAACGAGUGAUAGUGGAACCCUUACGAUCCAUGUUCAGCCAAUGGUGACAGAGUUCUUUCUUCAAGAUCCCUAUUACAGCGAAUCAAAUCACAGCUUCAGUUGCAAAGCAACAUUUGACGACAAUACAAACGUCAGUCUAGAAAUACAACAGUGUAAUGAAAACUCCUACAAAACCCUUACUGAUGAUUCUGAUUUUGCUCUGAUUGAAACCUUGGAUAACGAGAUUGCUGGAAAUUGCACACAUCAUAUAUCCAUUGUGUAUAGCUUCAACUUUACAACCGCUUCCAAUGGUACUCUUCUUAGAUGUCUGGCUGUCGAUAACACCUUGAAACUGAAUGCAACAGUAGAGUGUUUGCGUCUAGUAUUGCAACGUCCAGUGAUUGUGGAAAUGACACCUACGGUCCUGUACGCAAGAUUAGGCAACACAACAGAAUUGAAGUGUUCCGUACAUUACAGAGGAUACGCAUGGUCCUCCAUCAAUAUCGCACAACAAAAUAAGUCCGGCUCUUUCUUGCUUUUGAAUGUAUCCAGCAAUGGAAAUGUAGAAUCAGAAACCACCAGAAUUAACGGAUCAGUGACGAAAGACGACGACUACAUCAACGUGACCGUUUCCUUUGAUGUGAGUCCCGGCUCGGGGGUUUGUGAACUAAACCAAACCUAUUCCUGUGACAUUCAAUUGAUUGACUCGUCUAUCGGUACCAUUGCCGCAAAUAGUACCCUGAUCUUAGAGAUUCCAGUGACAGACGUGCAGAUACACCUACAACCUGAGUAUCAAUAUGGUUUGUCGGACUGGAUUAAUUGUACAGCAAACACAAUAGACAAGUAUACACCUAUGUUCUUGGAAGUGUGUGUCAACGAAAGCACAUUUAUCCCUCUCGAAAACGCCACCAAUUCCACGUAUUUUGAUAUUGUUUCUAUGCCGAAAAACGAAAACUGUUCUGUGCAGAAAAUGUUGAGCCACACCGUGGUUGUAGACAGCAAAAUGAACGUAUCAUUGCGAUGCAGAGUUUACGAUGACUAUUUCAAGACCUCGUUCAUUUCUGAUUGCGUCAGUCCAAGCAUCUCCCCAGCUUCAGUUCAAGUAAUCCUAGAGCCAAAAUCUCAAGAAAGAUUCUUUGGAUCAACUGCAGAGAUGUUUUGUCAUGCCAAUGCAAGUAUCUUUCAAUGGAAGGUUAUCCAUCUGGACUUUCAGAAUUCGUCGUUGUUGCCACAGAGACUGAUCUCAGUAUAUUAUGAUGAAACAAAACAGGGACUUGAAAACAUGAUAAAUGCUACGCUACUUAGAAAAGAUGUAAUUGUGAACAUUUCGUAUGUGUUCAAUAUUAGUGAGAUAGCAACGGUUUGUUUCUUAGAAGGGAAAUAUUUCUGCGUCCUAGAGCUUCUGGAUGACUCUGUACAAACAACGAGUGAUAGUGGAACCCUUACGAUCCAUGUUCAGCCAAUGGUGACAGAGUUCUUUCUUCAAGAUCCCUAUUACAGCGAAUCAAAUCACAGCUUCAGUUGCAAAGCAACAUUUGACGACAAUACAAACGUCAGUCUAGAAAUACAACAGUGUAAUGAAAACUCCUACAAAACCCUUACUGAUGAUUCUGAUUUUGCUCUGAUUGAAACCUUGGAUAACGAGAUUGCUGGAAAUUGCACACAUCAUAUAUCCAUUGUGUAUAGCUUCAACUUUACAACCGCUUCCAAUGGUACUCUUCUUAGAUGUCUGGCUGUCGAUAACACCUUGAAACUGAAUGCAACAGUAGAGUGUUUGCGUCUAGUAUUGCAACGUCCAGUGAUUGUGGAAAUGACACCUACGGUCCUGUACGCAAGAUUAGGCAACACAACAGAAUUGAAGUGUUCCGUACAUUACAGAGGAUACGCAUGGUCCUCCAUCAAUAUCGCACAACAAAAUAAGUCCGGCUCUUUCUUGCUUUUGAAUGUAUCCAGCAAUGGAAAUGUAGAAUCAGAAACCACCAGAAUUAACGGAUCAGUGACGAAAGACGACGACUACAUCAACGUGACCGUUUCCUUUGAUGUGAGUCCCGGCUCGGGGGUUUGUGAACUAAACCAAACCUAUUCCUGUGACAUUCAAUUGAUUGACUCGUCUAUCGGUACCAUUGCCGCAAAUAGUACCCUGAUCUUAGAGAUUCCAGUGACAGACGUGCAGAUACACCUACAACCUGAGUAUCAAUAUGGUUUGUCGGACUGGAUUAAUUGUACAGCAAACACAAUAGACAAGUAUACACCUAUGUUCUUGGAAGUGUGUGUCAACGAAAGCACAUUUAUCCCUCUCGAAAACGCCACCAAUUCCACGUAUUUUGAUAUUGUUUCUAUGCCGAAAAACGAAAACUGUUCUGUGCAGAAAAUGUUGAGCCACACCGUGGUUGUAGACAGCAAAAUGAACGUAUCAUUGCGAUGCAGAGUUUACGAUGACUAUUUCAAGACCUCGUUCAUUUCUGAUUGCGUCAGUCCAAGCAUCUCCCCAGCUUCAGUUCAAGUAAUCCUAGAGCCAAAAUCUCAAGAAAGAUUCUUUGGAUCAACUGCAGAGAUGUUUUGUCAUGCCAAUGCAAGUAUCUUUCAAUGGAAGGUUAUCCAUCUGGACUUUCAGAAUUCGUCGUUGUUGCCACAGAGACUGAUCUCAGUAUAUUAUGAUGAAACAAAACAGGGACUUGAAAACAUGAUAAAUGCUACGCUACUUAGAAAAGAUGUAAUUGUGAACAUUUCGUAUGUGUUCAAUAUUAGUGAGAUAGCAACGGUUUGUUUCUUAGAAGGGAAAUAUUUCUGCGUCCUAGAGCUUCUGGAUGACUCUGUACAAACAACGAGUGAUAGUGGAACCCUUACGAUCCAUGUUCAGCCAAUGGUGACAGAGUUCUUUCUUCAAGAUCCCUAUUACAGCGAAUCAAAUCACAGCUUCAGUUGCAAAGCAACAUUUGACGACAAUACAAACGUCAGUCUAGAAAUACAACAGUGUAAUGAAAACUCCUACAAAACCCUUACUGAUGAUUCUGAUUUUGCUCUGAUUGAAACCUUGGAUAACGAGAUUGCUGGAAAUUGCACACAUCAUAUAUCCAUUGUGUAUAGCUUCAACUUUACAACCGCUUCCAAUGGUACUCUUCUUAGAUGUCUGGCUGUCGAUAACACCUUGAAACUGAAUGCAACAGUAGAGUGUUUGCGUCUAGUAUUGCAACGUCCAGUGUUUGUGGAAAUGACACCGAUGACACUGUAUGCAAGAUUGGGCAAUACCUCAGAAUUGACGUGUUCCGUACAUUACAGAGGAUACGCAUGGUCCGCCGUUAAUAUUCUACAGCAAAAUACAUCUGGCACUGUAUUACUCCUAAAUGUGUCCAGAGAUGGAGAGGUGGAAUCGAAGAACGCUAGAAUCAACGGGUCAGUGACUAUAAGCGAGGACUAUAUCAACGUGACUGUGUCUUUUGAUAUAAGUCCAGGCUCGGGGGUUUGUGAACUGAAUCAAACGUAUUCUUGUGACAUUCAACUACUGGACACAUCAAUUACUACCACGGCUGCAAACAGUACAUUAAUUUUGGAGAUACUACCUUCAAACUUGAAUGUUGAGACGAUGCCUUUAUCAUACCAAUAUUAUGGCAAUAAUAAUGAGACAAUAAACUGUACUGCAAAUAUGAAUCCAGACACUACCGUAUUGUAUUUAAUCGGAACGAAUAUUCAGUUGAAGGACGAUUAUGUUUUCGCCGAAAGAAAAUUUUUUCAAACAAUCGUGGAUUCAGAGAACAAAAUUGGGUGUUAUCCGACUGUACGAACUGUAUUUAAAGAAGUUUAUAAUUUUCUGGCAAUAUAUGACCGGGUAGGUUGUUUAGCAAAUGAUACCAUGUCUGGUCAAAGUUUAAUAACAGAAUUCAAAAAUGUUAAUGUGUUGAACAAUACAUGUACUAGUCAGUCGCGAAAAUUCACUACGAGAGAAAUGACAGUGGUAUUUUUUCGGAGGAGUAUCAGCCUGUCUUUGAUAUGUUGUGUAAUGUUCAACGGUUGUAUUGGUUUAUCAAAACGUGAAAGAGCAGUCAGAAAAACAGAGUUAGACAAGGUGUGUUACAAGACGUGUGAGGUGCUGGUGACGUAUUCCUCGUUAUUCUACACGUCCUGUGGAUGGUGGGGGUGGAGUCGGUGUGCCAAAUACAAACACGGCUAUAAAGCAAAAGACAGCUCUUGCUCAUCCUAUUGCCCGAUAAACGGCGGGUGGUCCGACUACAAACCUUGGUCUAGUUGGUCUAGCUGUGAUAAAUCCUGUGGUACAGGCACCAAAACGAGAGCUCGAACACGGUCAUGUGACAAUCCUGCUCCAAAGCACAACGGGAAAACUUGUCAAGGAUCUGCUUCAAACACAGAUUCGGUUUCAUGCAAACUUCGGGAAUGUCCAAUUGAUGGCCAAUGGACGUCUUAUAAUAUAUCUAGUGACUGGGGUGCAUGCUCAGUGUCUUGUGGAGAAGGAACGACAACUCGUGUCCUUUCCAGAAGCUGUACCAAUCCAAGUCCUCAAUAUGGCGGCAAAGACUGUAUUGGGGGAUACACUAAAACAGAAACCAAGCCCUGUAACGACAGGGAGUGUCCAGUGGAUGGCGGCUGGGAUACGUUUGAGGCAGCCGGAGAUUGGAGUGCGUGUUCGACUACCUGUGGAGACGGUCUACAAACACGCACGUUAUCACGCACGUGCACAAAUCCCAAACCCAAAUAUGGAGGGAAACCGUGUUCAGGAUCUGCCACUAAAACAGAAACCACGACAUGUUUGUUGAAAUACUGUGUAUGUGGCGGUAAUACUUGUCCAGUUAAUGGUGGUUGGUCCUCGUACACCACCACGGGAGUAUGGUCGGCUUGUAGUCGGACAUGCAACGAAGGAGUUCAAACCCUCGUAUACAAAAGGACGUGUACCAACCCCGCCCCUCAGAAUGGCGGUCUUCCAUGUCUGGGAGAUUCUACAAUGAAUAAAACCAGAUCCUGUAUGACCAUCAAAUGCCCAGAGUACGUGGUGAUGGAUCCGUCAAAUGUCAUUGGAACCAUUGGUCAGGUGGUUAAACUCAACUGCCUUAUAAGCCCUGCGGAUGCCAAAUGGAAAAGCAUAAAACUUGUGGACAAUUCUUUGAACAAGCCAAUAGUUGACAUCUCUAACAACGGGAGCGUUCGGUCGCACAACAGUCGUGUCGCCGGAAGUCUAGAGUCCCGAGCGGACUAUGUGAAGGCUGUGUUCCUCUUCACUUUGUCACGUGGUUCCGGGGUAUGUUCUUUGGUGUCCGAGUACACGUGUACUGUGGAAAUGGCCGAUGUAAACUCUAACACCAUUACUGACCAGAGCUCCCUGGAUAUCACAGCUCCUCCCUCUAAUGUGAAAUUGGGAGUCCAAUCGUACUACAAUGUUAGUAACAAGGCUGUCCAGACCAUUAACUGCACUGCAGACCUUGGUAUUACCUCGACGGUCUCUCUGGACUUACAAAUCAAGGUCAACGGGGACUUUGUUGACUUUGAAGCGUUCGGGGGCCCUCCUCAUUGGACUGUUUCAAAUAUAAGAAACGAUGACUGUAGCGAAAAAGUUCUGGCCUUGUAUAGUUUACCGUUUGUAUCUGAAAAAAUGGAUAACAGCGAACUUAGGUGUAAAGCUACAGAUAGUAAAUACAGGACAACCUUGUAUUCAAAUGUUGGAAGGAUGAUUGUAAAAAUAUGAUGCUGUUUUGGAAAAUUCUAUAGAAAUGUUGUUCCAUACCGAUAUUAAGGUGUUUGAUUUUAUUUCUUCUUGGUAUGCCCAUUCCAUGUCACAAGAGUAUUUAUAAAAUGAAUGCAUGUG